UGGGCGGGGCGAAGAUUUGAAUAGUAAAUAGGCUUUGUCCCAGCUUGAGGGCUUAGUGUGAGCGAGAGAGGAGAGAGGGAGUUGUGCUGGCAGAGCAGCUUCUGGAACUCUUCCUUCUGCUGACAGGGGAAGACAUGAAGACCUGAACCCCUGAAUUUACCAUCAUCACGCUGAAGCAAGAUUUGGCACAAAGAUGUCUGUCAGCAACCAUGAGAACCGCAAGUCCCGUUCCAGCACGGGCUCCAUGAACAUCCACCUGUUUCACAAGCCUGGUCAUGCGGAUAGCCUCCUCACACAGCUAAACCUGCUACGCAAGCGCAAUCUCUUCACAGAUGUGGUGUUAUUGGCAGGAAACCGCAGCUUUCCUUGUCACAAGGCUGUUUUGGCUUCCAGCAGCCGAUAUUUUGAGGCCAUGUUUAGUGUUGGACUAAAGGAAAGCCAAGAUCGAGAAGUCAAUUUUCAGGAUGCUCUGCACCCUGAGGUACUUGAACUGCUUCUUGAUUAUGCAUAUUCUGCUCGUAUUAUUCUUAAUGAGGAGAAUGCCGAGUCCCUCCUAGAGGCUGGAGACAUGUUACAAUUUCAUGACAUUAGAGAUGCUGCAGCCGAAUUUUUGGAAAAGAAUCUACAUCCAGCCAAUUGUCUAAACAUGAUGUUGAUAUCAGAUGCUCACUGCUGUGAGAGGUUGCUGGAGCUGUCAUGGAGAAUGUGCCUCACCAAUUUUGUAGAGUUGUCAAAAACUGAAGACUUCCUUAGACUACCCAAACUAAAAUUGAUGGAACUGGUUCUUAGUGAAGAACUUGAAGUAGAAGAUGAAAGUUUGGUCUAUGAGGCAGUGAUGGGCUGGAUAAAGUUUGAUUUAAGCAUUCGUCUUGAUGACCUUCCAGACCUACUACGAUAUGUGCGUUUGGCGCUCCUUCCUGAUCAGUACUUGCGAAGCCUGGCCACUGAUGAGCUAGUAGUUCGGAACAAGCUGGCAAAAGAGAUUGUUGAAGAGGCAGCACGAUGCAGAACCAAGAUACUGCAAAAUGAUGGUGUGGUGACUGGCUUUUGUGCCCGUCCCCGAAAAGUCAGUCAAGCUCUACUUUUGCUAGGUGGGCAGACAUUCAUGUGUGAUAAGAUUUAUGUAAUGGACCAAAAGACUACUGAGAUCAUUCCCAAGACUGAUAUUCCAAGUCCACGCAAAGAAUGCAGUGCCUGUGCCAUUGGCUGCAAAGUGUAUGUUACCGGUGGUAAAGGUGCAGAAAAUGGAGCCUCCAAGGAUGUCUGGGUUUAUGACACUCUUCAUGAUGAGUGGUCCAAAGCAGGAGCUAUGAUUGUGGCUAGAUUUGGCCAUGGUUCUGCCGAACUUGACAAUUGCUUGUAUGUUGUUGGAGGACAUACUGCUAUGGCAGGGUCUUUUCCAGCAUCCCCUUCAGUGUCUCUAAAACAAGUGGAACAUUACGAUCCUCAGACAGACAAAUGGUCCCUGGUUGCCCCUCUACGGGAAGGAGUUAGCAAUGCAGCUGUAGUGGGUGCCAAACUGAAACUUUUUGUCUUUGGUGGCACAAGCGUCAACAGAGAAAAACUCCCCAAAGUUCAAUGUUUUGACCCUCUUCAAAACAGAUGGACAGUGGCUGCCACCUGUCCACAACCGUGGCGUUACACAGGUGCUGCUGUCCUUGGAAAUGAUGUGAUUGUGGUAGGGGGGGACACUGAGUUUUCUGCUAGUUCAGCAUACAGAUUCAACAGUGAGACCUAUCAGUGGUGCAGAUUUGGUGAUGUGUCCUCUAAGCGGAUAAGUUGCAGAGCAGUGGCUUCGGGCAAUAGACUGUAUGUAGUGGGAGGUUACUGUGGUGCCCAGAGGUGCAAGACCUUGGACUGUUAUGACCCUUCAACGGAUACAUGGAGCAGCGUGACCACUGUGCCCUACUCCUUGAUUCCAACAGCAUUUGUCAGCACAUGGAAGUAUCUUACAGCAUAAGCAAGAAAGUUAAAUAAAGUUUACCUGAAGGCAUGGAAAACAUGACACGGCCAUGGAACUUGAUUAUCUGUCACAUCAACCUAAAUGUCUGCAGUGGAUUCUGUGAUAUAAAUUAACCCAGUUUAAAGGGUUUUAUUACAAUGUUACUGACAUGUUAUAUUCGUUUUCAACAUGAGAGACUUGAGUGGGCUCCCACUCAGAAAAAAAAUCAUCAUUUUAUAUUAAAAUGCAUUUUUUUUUUACUUUUUUAAUGUCCAUAUAACCAAAUCUCACAGAUUUUACAGUCUCCGCCCCUUUCCUGACAAAUUCUUCUAGUUCUUUUUAAAGCAGUCACAAACAGAGGGAGAAAACUAUUUAUACCAAUGGAAUGAAUAUACUUUGUAUGGAUAAAUAUUUUUCUUCUCUACUUCAUUGCAUUUAUUGUGUGUCAUCCUGAAUUUGCAAGAAUUUGUAUAUGAUAUGAACAGUAACCAGUGCUGGGGGGAAACUUGCAGAACAGGAAUUCAUUAUAUUUUAUACUUAUGCAAAGUUAAGCAAAUUAUGUGCUCUCUCAAUCUCUCUCUCUCUGGUCAAUUAAUCAUUAACAUCCUGGCUUGAAAGCUGCCCUCCAGCACUGGAACUCGACGUCUUUGUUUUAUGAGAGUGGACGCUGACCAAACAUGUUGUACUGUAUUUUAUCAGUCCUUUGUGAAAUGUUAUUGUUUUGUGUUAUAUAAAAAAUUACUAACAAAACCA